GAUAAUGAAGUCACAGAGUUGCCAAAACCUAUCACCAUUAAUGUUCCAUGUACCGAGGCUAUUGCCGAAGCUGCGGUUAGCUACGAGCACAAAGCUGCAGACGUGUUCAAAAUGAAGAAAAUCAGUGUUCUGCCAAUAAUAAGCACCUUCGUGGUCUGUGCCAUGUUCGGCAUUCUCACUGUGCUGCAAUAUCAAGUGCAAAAGAUCCAGGAAGCACCAACUGAUGUCAUGGAUUCGGUGACAUCGGAAACAUGGUAA